AUGUCUUCAUCUCAAGUCUUCCAAGAACAACUCUUCAUCCACAGUUUCUUCUCAAGAAAACUGCUUCAGCAAAUCCCAUUUGACCACAACGCUGAACAACAAGCUCAUGUACCUGACAAAAGCAACUUGAGCGGCAACGUUCUCUUGCUUCUCUCUAUCCUUGUUUGCGGUAUUAUCUGCUCCCUAGGGUUGCAUUACGUGAUCCGUUGCGCAUUCAGACGCUCCUCAAGUUUCAUGAUCUCUGAUCCCAUCCCUACCACCACGUCCACACCACGAGCAGUGAACAAAGGGAUCAAGAAGAAAGCUCUCAAGAUGUUCCCGGUAGUGAAUUACUCCCCUGAGAUGAUUAACUUCUCAGGGCUCGGCGAGGAGUGUGUCAUUUGCUUGUCUGAUUUCGAAGCUGGAGAAGAGCUUCGACUGCUUCCUAAGUGUAACCACGGGUUCCAUGUUCGUUGCAUCGACAAGUGGUUUACGCAACAUAUGACUUGUCCAAAAUGUAGACACUGUCUGGUUGAGACUUGCCAAAAGAUCUUAGGUGACUGCGAGGAAGCUGAUCAAGUGGAAGCAGCACAAAUGGAGAGCAUAGAUGUCAGAAUUGCUCCUCUAGAACCUGAAGCAAGAGUAGACACUUUUAGAGAACGCAAUUAA